CAUUCCCGGGGUAGCGCCGUUCGGACUCCGCGUCCCGGCAUUCUCUGCGCGAGCCCUGGAGCACUUCCGCCCUGUUGUGAAGUGGGUGUCUCGAGCCUUGGGGAGCAUCCCCUCUUCUGGAGGAUACAUCCUAGGUGCAGGAAGACGUUGGACGAGGAUAGCCCAGCUGAAGUGAGGCAUCUGGGCUAGACCAUGGCUGUGGCCCUGGAAUCUCAGGCCCAGGCCUCUCUCCCAGCAGAGCCUGAAGAACUACUGAUUGUGAAACUGGAGGAGGACUCAUGGGGAUCAGAAUCCAAACCCCAGGAGAAGAAAUGUGACCCUGUCCAUGGCCCUGAGGCCUCUCGCCUGCGCUUCCGGCAGUUCCAGUACAGGGAGGCAGCUGGACCCCACGAGGCCUUCAGCCAGCUCUGGGCUCUCUGCUGUCGUUGGCUGAGGCCAGAGGUCCGCCUCAAAGAGCAGAUCCUAGAGGUGCUGGUGCUGGAGCAGUUCCUGACCAUCUUACCCAGGGAGGUCCGGGCAUGGGUGCAGGCACACCGCCCUGAGAAUGGUGAAGAGGCAGUGGCCCUGGUGGAGGAUUGGCAUCGAGAGGUCCAGGCUGCAGGACAGCAGGAACUGCAAUUCCGUGCAGAAGAGACCAGGUCCUUAAAGGCAGUGCAAGAAUCUCAGAGCUUCCAACUGGAACCAGUGGAUCCCUGGCCUGAGAGAGAAUCCCAAAAGCAGUGGGUGAAGAAUACAUUCCCUGACCUUCCCAAUCAUCUAAAUGCCAAUAUGGCACCACAGCCUUUGAAACAGAGUGCUGUUCUCACUCCCCGAGUUCCUACUCUCCCAAAGAUGGAGAGCGCUGGAGAUUGGGAGGUGACAGCUGAGUCCCAGGAAGCCCUGGGCCCUGGCAAACAUGCUGACACAGAGUUCUGCAGGGACCCUCCAGGAGAUGACUGUGGGAACAGUGUGUAUCUCGGAGUUCCAGUUCUAAAAUCAAGUAUCACUUCCCAGAGAGAGCAAGGAACAGAAUUUUGGGAUCUAAGUCUUAUAAAUUCUGGGAAAAGGAACACCGCAGAUUACAGCGUGGAUAAUGAGCAAACAAAACCAGCUCAGGCAUUGGCUUGGAGGGAUUCAAGGGCCUGGGAAGAACAGUACCAAUGGGAUGUGGAGGACAUGAAGGUGUCAGGUGUUCACUGGGGCUAUGAGGAGACCAAGACUUUUCUGGCCAUUUUGAGUGAGUCUCCUUUCUCUGAAAAGCUCCGGACUUGUCACCAGAACCGCCAGGUAUACCGGGCCAUUGCAGAGCGUCUAAGGGCAAGGGGCUUCCUGCGAACACUGGAGCAGUGUCGUUAUAGGGUCAAAAACCUCCUACGGAAUUAUCGGAAAGCCAAAAGCAGCCAUCCACCAGGGACCUGCCCCUUCUAUGAGGAACUGGAGGCCCUGGUGAGGGCUCGGACAGCCAUCAGAGCCACAGAAAGCGCAGGAGACACUGUGGCACUCCCCAGGCUUGGGGACAGUGACGCAGAGAUGGAUGAGCAGGAGGAUGGAGGCUGGGAACUUGAGGAAACAGCAGAAGACUGCAGUGGUGCUGGCCUGGUCACUGAUGAAUCUGCUCAGGGACCCAGGAUUGCAGGGGGCCCAACUCUGUUCCAGAGUCGUAUUGCAGGUGUGCACUGGGGCUACGAGGAGACCAAGGCCUUCCUGGCGAUUCUCAGUGAGUCCCCAUUCUCUGAAAAGCUUCGCACCUGUCACCAGAACAGCCAGGUGUACCGGGCCAUUGCAGAGCGGCUGUGUGCACUGGGCUUCCUGCGGACACUGGAGCAGUGUCGCUACAGAUUCAAAAACCUCCUUCGAAGCUACCGGAAAGCUAAGAGCAGCCACCCGCCAGGGACAUGCCUCUUCUAUGAGGAGCUAGACUCACUGAUGAGGGCUCGGUCUGCAGUCAUGGCCAUGGGGACUGUCAGGGAGGCUUCAGGUCUCCCUCAGUCUGGCCAGAGCAAUACCGAGGCUGAUGACCAGGAAGCUUGGGAUGAGAUGGCAGAUGAAGAUGCCAUCAAACCUCCAACUCUAUGUCCUAAAGCCCCAGACACGGGUUUUGAGCUGAGGCAUGAGGAUGAAGACCAGAUUUCAGAGCAGGACAUUUUUGAGGAUUUACCUGGAACUUUAUCAAAAUGUACUACAGAGGCUGUUUGCCGACCUCUUGAUUGGGGAGAAGACAGUGAAAAUGAAAAUGAAGGUGAAGGGCAAUGGGGAAAUCCCCCACAGGAACAGUGGGAAGAAAGUUCUUCUGAAGAGGACUUAGAAAAACUUAUUGACCAUCAAGGCCUGUACCUUGUGGAGAAGCCCUAUAAGUGUGGCACAUGUUUGAAAAGCUUCAGUCGGAGCUCCCACUUCAUUGCCCACCAGCGGAUUCACACAGGUGAGAAGCCCUACAAAUGUCUUGAAUGUGGAAAAAGCUUUAGUGACUGCUCUAACCUCAAUACCCAUCCGAGAAUUCACACUGGAGAGAAGCCCUACAAAUGCCUUGAAUAUGGGAAAAGCUUUAGCCACCACUCUAAUCUCGUCACCCACCAGAAAACCCACAUGGGGGAAAAGCCCUAUAAAUGUAGGGAAUGUUGGAAAAACUUCAACCAGAGCUCAAACCUUCUGAAACUUCAGAGAAUCCACAUGGGUGGAAAACCUGACCAAAGUAGUGAACCUGGGGAAAACUUUGGCCAAAGUCCAUUUUUUGGUGCUCACUGGAGGAAUUCUUUAGAGGAGACAUCUCCUGAAAAGCAUCAAAGUAUCAGUCAGAACUUGAAUUCUCCUGGACCACAGAAACUUUAUCAGUGUUCUGAAUGUGGAAGAAGCUUCUCUAAGAGCUCUGCCCUCAUUAGUCACCAAAGAAUCCAUACGGGAGAGAAACCUUAUGAAUGUGCUGAAUGUGGGAAAAACUUUAGUAAGAGCUCCACCCUGGCCAAUCACCAGCGGACCCACACUGGUGAGAAGCCGUAUAAGUGUAUGGACUGUGGGAAGUGCUUCAGUGAGCGGUCCAAACUCAUCACACACCAGAGGGUGCACACAGGAGAGAAACCCUACAAAUGCCUCGAGUGUGGAAAGUUCUUUCGUGACCGUUCUAACCUCAUUACUCACCAGAGAAUUCACACAGGAGAGAAGCCGUAUAAGUGCAGAGAGUGUGGGAAAUGCUUUAACCAGAGCUCCAGUCUUAUCAUUCACCAGAGAAUCCACACUGGGGAGAAACCUUACAAGUGCACGGAGUGUGGCAAAGACUUCAACAAUAGCUCCCACUUCAGUGCCCACCGCAGAACCCACAAAGGAGGGAAAGCAUCAUAGGAGACAGCUGCCUCCACCCAUGACAAAAGAGAUACAUGUAUAUAUCUUAUAUUAUAAGAUGUAUGCUAGAGAUAAACUUUCCAAUUUUCAAGCUUGGUGUGUACCCAGGGAUGUUACCUUGGUAUAAUCCAGGUAACUUGAAAGUGAAUUACAAGUACUAAGGAUCCAGAUUUGAAGGCACUCUUCUUAAGUGUAAUUUGUUUUUCUCCUGUAAAAAACCCACACAUAAUCCUCAGACUGUCCUUGUAUUUGCUGUCAUGCAAGAGCUUUGUCAAUAUUUGAGCCAAACUGUUUAGGGGUUUAGAGUUAAAUCAGUGUCCCUGAGCAGUCAUCCCAAACUCGCUGUGUUUUCACCAUCCAUGUGUACACACACCCCAUUGGCAGUGCUUCUCAUGUGUUCUCUGUCAGGGCCUAUCUAACUUCAAGGAAGAAGUUUGAGACUCUGUGGUGAGAGAGGGGCUGGCCUAGAGCAGGUCACCAUGAUCUGAGAGAGUAGGAACAGCAAUUACAUCAUUACAAACUUAUUAAUAAUAGCAACGAUAGCCAGUGUUUAUUGAGCAGUUGCUCUUUGGCAAGCUCUGAGCUAAGCACUUUAUAUACAUCAUCUCAUUUAAUUCUCACAACAGCCCCAGGGGAUAAGUACUAACUUUCCAUCUCCCAGGAGAAAACAGGCUUGAGAAAGUUAAGUAACCUGCAUCAGCCACACGUCUGAGAAUGGGAGAGGCAGGAUUCAAGCAGAUCUGUCUGCAGAGUCUGGGGUGUUCUUCAUGUUAUACUGAAUUCCCUUUUGCGUUAGGACAGGUAACUAGAUGCCAGGAUUGCAAAGACUACAUUUCUUGUUAUAAUUGCAUUAUGAAUUUUCCUCUUAACAAAUAGGAAAACUGAGAGUCCCUAAAGAUUAAAGGACGUGGGAUAUUCAGAA